GGGGGGAGGAGCGCGGCAGGGACGGCGGCGGCUCCCGGGGACGAGGACCAGGAGGAGGAGGAGGAGGAGGCUCUUCUUUCCUCACCCCAGACCCAGGAGCGUCCGGGACGCAGAGCCCGGAACUGGGGGGACGCGGCGACUGCGGGGAGCCCGGGCUAGAGUCUCCCUGGAAAAAGACAUGACUGUCUGCAAUGAUACAUCCUGACAAGAAGUUGAUGCCAGAGAAGGAAGAGAAAUUAACAACUAGUGAAGAGAACUUGAAACAACCAGGAUUUUGCAUUUGUUACUUCUAACUACAGUCUAUUGCCCACUUUUAAAUUAGCAGGAUUCCUAGAACUUGGACAAAGAUAUUUUCUUCUGUAUUGUCAUUAUUAUUUUUUUGACAUUGGGAAAACUGCCAUGUCUAGGAAACAAAGCCAGAAGGAUUCAUCAGGAUUCAUUUUUGAUUUGCAGUCCAAUACUGUACUGGCCCAGGGAGGAACUUUUGAGAACAUGAAGGAGAAGAUAAACGCAGUGCGUGCAAUAGUUCCUAAUAAGAGCAACAAUGAAAUCAUCCUGGUUCUGCAGCACUUCGAUAAUUGUGUGGACAAAACAGUACAAGCAUUCAUGGAAGGUAGUGCCAGUGAAGUACUCAAAGAAUGGAUAGUAACAGGCAAGAAAAAGAACAAAAAGAAGAAAAGCAAACCAAAACCUGCAUCAGAAGCAAAUAGCAGUGCCCCAGACUCCAGUAAGUCGGUGCCCACUCAGGAGGAUCAGCCUGCAUCUUCAGAGAAAGGGGGCGUUAACGGUUACCAUGUUAACGGUGCCAUCAAUGAUGCCGAGUCUGUGGACUCACUCAGUGAAGGUUUGGAGACACUUUCAAUAGAUGCCAGAGAAUUGGAAGAUCCUGAGUUUGCCACACCAGAUACACUGGACAGAACCGGAUCUGUGCUGGAGAAUGGUGUCUCUGACUUUGAGCCCAAAUCUUUGACUGCACACACUAUUCCGAAUGCCCAGCAAUCCCGGAAUGCUGCCAAAUCUCACUCGCGGACCACCACAGGAGCCCAGGUUUCAAGUCUGGGAGUGGAGAAUGUUCCACUGUCUUCUACCAAUAAAAAGCUAGGUUCUAAUAUUGAGAAGUCUGUGAAAGACCUCCAGCGCUGCACAGUAUCUCUUGCGCGAUAUCGAGUUGUAGUUAAAGAAGAGAUGGAUGCAUCCAUUAAGAAGAUGAAACAAGCCUUUGCUGAACUGCAGAGCUGGCUCAGCAUACAUAAGCAUCUUGCUCCUUGUUCCUCCGCAGUGGAGAUCCUGCUCGGCCGGCAGAAGAAAGCGGAGGUUCUGAAGAAGAUGACAGAUGUGGCCGUCCGCAUGUCAGAGGAGCAGUUGGUGGAACUCAGGGCUGACAUCAAGCACUUUGUUAGUGAGCGGAAAUAUGAUGAAGAUCUUGGAAGGGUAGCCCGGUUCACCUGUGAUGUGGAGACUCUGAAACAGAGUAUCGAUUCAUUUGGACAAGUGUCCCAUCCAAAGAACAGCUAUUCAAGCAGAUCUCGAUGCAGCUCAGUGGUGUCCAUGUCCUUGAGUGGCCCGGGUGAUGGUCCUGCUGCUUCCUCUUCGCCGUGUGCCUCUGUCCCCAGCCUUCCAGGUGCUAACAAGAGAAACUGUGCCCCAGGGGAGACUUCAGCAGCCGUGACAAACCCCAGUGACAGGCCCUGCCAGGCUCAUCGGGAGGUAUUUCCAGGCAACAGGCGAGGAGGACAAGGCUACAAGCCACAAAACCAAAAGACCACUGACCCCACAAACCAAGGGCGGCAUGACAGUGUGGGUCGUUACAGAAACAGCUCGUGGUAUUCAUCGGGGUCCCGGUAUCAGAGCACUCCACCUCAGGCCCCAGGAAACUCGGAAUGGAGCCCCGCUUACUCUGCAGGGACCAAUGGGAUUGGAGCCAGCGCCGUGCCUAGUCCACCCAAGCCUUCGUUCAAAAAGGGGCUCCCCCAGCGCAAACCGAGGACCUCUCAGGCCGAAGCCGUGAACUCUUGAGGGAAAUUCCAGUUGGCCUCUCUCUUCUGUCCCAUUCAGUUCAACCUAGUAACUGGACUUUAGGAGAUGUACACUUAGACAUAAUAACAAAAAGAAAUGUAUGCGUAUCACUUCGGGCCAUCCUAACUAGGUGUGGCUUCUUCUCUCACUGUUUUUUUGAGGGAAAGCUGUUUUUCCUUGGUCUUUCCUGGUGAUGUGGACUGACUCGUUAGGCCAUUUCACCAGGACCCAGGAGAACUGCUGUCGGUUUCCCAGGGGUAAGCGGUCUUUCUCCAGUACGCCUGUCUUCCAGCUGCCUGAAGAGCCUUACUCCGCACGCCCACCCCAGAGGCUGUCUUAGGAGGAUGUCAGCACUAGUCUGUCACCUCUCCAUGCGAAGCAGAUGCCACAGGUGCUGCCAGGCUCCCCCGCAAUGUCACCUGAGCAGGGGCAGCGAGGAGGGGACUUUAUACUGCAUCAGCCAGAAAAGGGAAAUCGACGUGAGUUUGUGAAGAGGGGAGAACGCUAGGGACGCUUGAGAAGCUGCCUCUGUUUGGAAUGUGCCUGAGAUCCGACGCAAACCGGUUUCAGUCCCGUGCUUGGCACUGUACCCUAAACUGCAGUGUCUUCAACAUGCCCAAAGCCUUGGCUCCUCUCCCCUCGGGCUGCAGCCCAGUCUAAGGAAGUCGACGGGAAAGUAGCAUUUGAAGUUCUUAAAAGAAAAAAAUGGUUUUUCUUUGUUUGAGUGUUUGGAGGUUUUUGUUGUUUCCUCUUCCCCGAAUCCGGUUAGGACCCAGUCUCUAGUCAUGAUUAGUGUUAACCUGAGGUUACCCAGCACAGUCGGUGCGGUCCUCUUUAUAGGAGAAUAAAUAAAAGCAACCUCAUCCAUG